CAUUCCUUAUAUCCCCUCUUCUUCUCGGACUAAACAAGGGAAUAACUCGUUUCCCAAACCAGCAAUGGCGGGGGAACCGACGCGUUUCUUCUGGGGAAACGAGCCAUCGGAAGACGAGUACUACGCCGCCAACGGCGUCAUCAACAAGCAAUCCUACUUCGAAUCCCCUCACGGCCGUCUCUUCACCCAAUCCUUCCACCCUAUCGGCUCGGCUCCAUCCGAGCCGGCUCCAAUCAAAGGCUUAGUAUUCAUGACUCACGGCUACGGCUCCGACUCCGGCUGGCUCUUCCAAAAAAUCGCCAUUUCCUACGCCACCUGGGGCUACGCCGUCUACUGCGCCGACCUCCUCGGCCACGGCCGCUCCGAUGGCCUCCGCUGCUACCUCGGCGACAUGGAAAAGGUCGCCGCCGCUUCUCUCUCCUUCUUCUCCUCCGUCCGUACGAACCAUCCCUCCCUCCCGGCUUUCCUCUUCGGUGAGUCGAUGGGUGGCGCCGCCACCCUCCUCAUGUACCUCCGUUCAGAUCCUGCCACGUGGACAGGCCUCAUCUUCUCCGCUCCGCUCUUCGUCAUCCCUGAUGACAUGAAGCCUUCCAAACUUCAUCUCUUUCUUUACGGUCUCUUGCUUGGCUUUGCUGACACGUGGGCCGCCAUGCCUGAUAACAAGAUGGUCGGAAAAGCCAUUAAAGAUCCCGAUAAGCUUCGUGUUAUUGCUUCUAAUCCCCGGCGUUACACCGGCAAGCCUCGCGUUGGCACCAUGAGAGAGCUUCUCCGGCUGUGUGAAUACUUUAAGGAGAAUUUCAGCAAGGUUACUGUUCCUUUCCUCACAGCUCAUGGCACCGACGACGGCGUGACCUCGCCGGAGGGAUCAAAGAUGCUUUAUGAGAUGGCGAGUAGUGAGGAUAAAACUUUGAAGCUUUACGAAGGGAUGUAUCAUUCGUUGAUCCAAGGCGAGCCUGAUGAAAAUGGUCAACGGGUUUUGGCCGACAUGAGAGAGUGGAUAGAUGAACGUGUCAAACAUUACGGUAAUGGUGUUCUUGCUAACGGCGCCGUUACGGAUAUUUCUUCUUAAUUUGAUGAUGAGGAUUAUUAAUGUUGUUAUUAUUGUUUGGUUAUGUGUAUUUGUCAAUGGAAUGGUGAUGAUGAGGAUUAUAAAUGUUUUCUUUAAAGAAAUAUUUUUAAAAUUUAGUUGGUGAGAUGUUAA